CGGGAGCGGUCCCACCGCUGGAGCUGGAACAAACAUUAACGGAUUGGCUGUCCUUUUUUUUUUUUUUUCAAUUUUCCGUUCAAGACAAAUACGAGAUCCAGGCACAGUUUCGGCGCCAAGGCUCUUUCCGUCUCUCAGUUUCUUUGUCGCAGCGGAAAUGGCGGUAGACGAUCGCUUGGCAGGGUUGAACCAUAAGACUUGCGUGGUUCUAGGCGACUCAGGAUUUGUCGGAAGAUCGCUUGUCUUAAGGCUGUUGAAGCUAGGCAACUGGAUCGUCCGCAUUGCCGAUUCCCCUCCGUCCAUCCAACUCGAUCACUCGCACCACUCCCUCCUCGCCCGGGCUCUCUCUUCUGGUCGCGCUUCUUACUUUCCUGUCCACCUUAGCGACAAACGUCAGAUUACCCAAGUUAUUGAAGGUUCUUCAGUGGUUUUUUAUAUGGAUCAUGCUGCUGACAUGAAGGCAAAUGACUUUUAUAGUUGCUAUAUGCUUACAGUUCAAGGUACAAAAAAUGUCAUCAAUGCUUGUCGAGAAUGUAGAGUCAAACGACUAAUAUACAACAGUUCUGCUGAUGUAGUUUUUCAUGGAUUGCAUGAUAUCCAUGAUGGAGAUGAAUCUUUAUCAUGUCCUUGCAAAGGUGGUAUAUUGCAGUUUGAGAACAUGUUAAGUGACCUUAAGGCUCAAGCAGAAGCAAUGAUCUUGGGGGCUAAUGACAUCGAUGGCCUUUCAACAUGUGCACUCCGUUCCAGUAAUGUUUUUGGACCUGGUGACUCUGAGCUUGUUCCAUUCAUUCUGAAAUUAGGGAUAUCUGGUUGGGCAAAGUUCAUUAUAGGAAGUGGUGAUAAUCUUUCUGACUUCACCUAUUCUGAGAAUGUUGCUCAUGCCCAUAUAUGUGCAGAAGAAGCCCUGAAUUUUCAAACAGUUUCUGUAGCUGGAAAGGCAUUUCUUAUUACAAACUUCGAGCCUAUGAAGUUCUGGAAAUUUAUCUCUUUUAUAUUAGAAGGUCUUGGAUAUCAAAGGCCGUUCAUAAAACUUCCUGUCAAGAUGGUGCAGUACAUUCUGUUGCUUGUAAAGUGGGCGCAUGAAAACAUCGGAUCCAGAUAUUUCAGCUAUCCUUUAUUAGUUCACUUUUUCCAUUUAGCUUCACAUACUAGAACGUUCAACUGCACAGCUGCUAAGAAAGAUAUUGGAUAUUUGCCAGUAGUCUCACUUGAGGAAGGCAUCACAUCAACCAUAGAGGCAUUCUCUCAUUUGGCAAGAGACUCGUAUCAUUCAAGAGACUCCAUUGGACAAUCAAAAGCAGAAAAGCUACUAGGUGGUGGAAAAGUUGCUGACAUUUUGUUGUGGAGAGACGAAACGACAUCCUUUACAUAUUUCCUUGCACUGGUUAUAUUGUUUCAUUGGUUUUUCCUUUCUGGAAGGACUUUUACGUCAUCUGCCGCCAGACUUUUGCUUUUUUCAACUGUCAUUCUCUAUGGAUAUGGAAUCCUACCAUCAAAUCUAUUUGGUUUCCCUAUUCAAAGAACGUGUCUCUCUAGUUUUGAGAUCUCGGAGAAAGCGGUGAAAGAUUCAGUUGCAACAACAGUGUACUUGUGGAACAUUGGUUGUCGGAACAUUAAAAUAUUGGCUCGAGGAAGUGAUUGGUCUAUGUUCUUCAAGGUUGCAAUUUCGCUCCUAUUUCUGAAGCUGAUCCUGUCACAGUUUUUGACGUCAUCAAUAGGAAUAGCUCUGGUCUUCGCAUUUACAGCAUUUUUUGUUUAUGAGCAAUAUGAAUCAGGAAUUGAUGGAACAGUAGGUGCUCUGUCCAACUGUUUAAAGAAAUCAAUGACAUUUUUCACAACAAAUUUACCUGAUUCCAUGUCACCGCUUGAGCAUGACAGUGGGUGAGGACAUGAAGGCUAAAGGCGCUGAGAUAGUCCGAAUGAAUUUCAGCUUAGUUGUUUGAUAUUUGUGAUUUACCAUGUACUAUUAUAAUACAUACUAGUGCUUAUGCGGGGUUGCGUUUCUGAGAAAGGAUGGGGAAUGUCAAGACAUUUGGAUAUAUUUCCCCCGAUUAAUCACGCUAAGACUAUUAAUUAGGCCGAAGA